AUAUAAUUGAGUGUCACAGGUUAGAGUCCAAUCUGGUUAGAAAGUGGAGACAACGCUGGCGCAGCUGUACUGUUCAACAUUUUAAAGGAUGGCACCCCAGCCUCCUCCGAAACCAUGGGAAAGACGGAUUCCAGGCACUAUUCCUGCACCUGCUGCUUUUCAGUCUCCAGAUUUGGGACCUAGUGUUCUGACAAGACCAGGCCCCCCUGUCCUCGCCAGAGCCCCUCCACCGAUUCCUCCAAGAUCAGUGCAGCAGAUUGGAGGCAGCAGCCUGACAGGCUACAGACCAGCUUACAGCUCCCUUCCUUCAUCAUAUAGUCCCUAUGGGAGCUCAUUAUAUGGUGGUGUUGGCGGCUACAGCCCGUUAAGCUAUGGAUAUGGGGGAGGCCUGGGGUACAACAGGUUUCGAAACGAUGAAAUUCCAUCUAGCCGGUUUGUGCAGCAUGCGGAGGAGAGCAGUAGAGGGGCCUUUCAGUCCAUCGAGAGCAUCGUCCAUGCGUUCUCCUCCGUUAGCAUGAUGAUGGAUGCUACCUUUUCAGCAGUUUAUAACAGUUUCAGAGCGGUGUUGGAUGUGGCCAACCAUUUCUCAAGGCUCAAAGUCCAUUUCACCAAAGUGUUUUCUGUGUUUGCGUUGGUCAGGACUCUGCGCUACCUGUACAGGAGAUUGCAGAGGCUGAUGGGCCUGCGGAGAGACUCGGAGGCAGAAGACCUGUGGUUGGACAGUGCUGGGUCAGAGGUUGCUGCCGGAGCCAGUGCUGCUAAUUCUGUCAAAUCCUGGCCAAUCUUCCUGUUUUUCGCAGUUAUUCUUGGAGGACCUUACCUCAUAUGGAAGCUGCUAAGUUCUGUUGACGGGUCUGAGGAAACAGGUUCCACAAACUGGUCAAAUGGAGACGAUGAUCAUGUGGUUGCAAGGGCAGAAUAUGACUUCAGCGCUGCCUCAGAAGAAGAAAUUUCUUUUUGUGUUGGGGACAUGCUGAAUCUGGCUCCAAAGGAACAACAGCCUAGAGUACGUGGCUGGCUCUUGGCUAGUCUAGAUGGCAAGACAACAGGACUUGUUCCAGCCAACUAUGUUAAAAUACUUGGGAAAAGAAGGGGAAGGAAGCAAGCAGAACUGGAGAGGAUUGCAGAACAACAGCAGGUGUUUAAGAACACACAGCAAACUGUAGGAGCAGUGGGACCGGCUGAGGCCUUAGCAGACCAGGAGGUAGCAUUCGAGUCAGUGUUCACAGAAACACAAGGAAGUUCAGGAGUGCUGUCCAAUCCAGAGUCUGUGGUUGUUGUUCCUGAUAAAUUAGGUCUGUGAAUUAAAACAUCACAAAAUGCUUUCUUCAUGUGUUUUAAAGGGCUGAAAAUACCCUGGGGGAGUUGCUGAGCUUAAAUUUAAACUAUUGGUGGAAAUGAGACACUACAAAAAGGCAGAACAGCCACCUAUGAUGUAAAAAAUAAUUGAAAUAAAGUUGCAUCGGCCUGUUCAAAA